AGAGCGACAGGCAAGGAACAAGCUCGCUCUCUCCCGGCUUAGCGGCGGCAAGAGCUCGAGCGCGAGCGCCUAGUCCAUCAUGGCGAGUGCAGAGGAUGGCAAGUCGCUGGCGGAUGCAUUGGCGGUCGUCCAAGCGCAGUCGGUGCUGAUGCGACGAACGCUCACCUCGGACGGCUUGAUGCCUGGCCUCAAGGCAGCUUCGACGAUGCUGGCCGAACUCAGGACAUCAUCACUCAGCCCGAAAGCCUACUACGAGCUCUAUGUGGCUUGCGACUUGCGCCAUCUGUCCUCUUACCUGUUCGACUCGCACACGAGCGGCAAGCAUCAUCUCGCAGACUUGUACGAGCUCGUCCAAUAUGCCGGCAACAUCGUGCCUAGGCUCUAUCUCAUGAUCACCGUCGGCUCAGUAUACAUGAGCAUUCCUGACGCACCCGUCAAAGAGAUCAUGAAGGAUAUGAUGGAGAUGACCCGAGGCGUGCAACAUCCCACCCGAGGUCUCUUCCUACGCAACUACCUGAGCGCAAUGACGCGUGAUCAUCUGCCCGUCGGCGACAGCGAUGGGCCAGGAGGCAACCUGCAGGAUUCUAUCGGUUUUGUGCUGACCAACUUCAUCGAAAUGAACAAGUUGUGGGUCAGGCUGCAACAUCAGGGCCUUUCGCGCGAUCGUGACCGUCGCGAGCUAGAACGCAAAGAACUCCGCAUACUCGUCGGCACGAAUCUCGUCAGGUUGAGCCAGCUCGACGGCGUAGAUCUGGAGAUGUACCAGCGUAUCAUCUUGCCCAGCGUGCUCGAGCAGGUCGUCAAUUGCAAGGACGUUAUCGCACAAGAAUACCUCAUGGAAGUCGUCAUCCAGGUCUUCACGGACGAUUUCCACAUCCGCACUUUGGGGCCAUUCUUAUCGGCGACAGCACAGCUGCACCCCAAGGUCAACAUCAAAGCCAUCGUCAUUGCGCUCAUCGAUCGGUUGGCAGCACACGCUGCCCGAGAAGCCGAGAACGAGUCGCCAGAGGAGUUCAAACGGCAGAAGGACGAGGAAGCACGCAGGCUAGCGCUCAAGAUCAAGGAGCAAAAGGCAAAACGCGCAGCCGUGACCUAUGACGACGAGGACGAGCCAUCGCAGCCGCCCGUCGAUACCAUGCUGGCGCCAGAAGUAGCAGGAUUUGCAGAUGCUGCAGACGCGAAGCCACGGGAGCCAGAGCCCAUACCAGAUGCUGCCUCGCCGGCCACGAGUAGCCUUGUAGCCCCGCCCAAAGACGAGACCGCGCCGACAUCUCCCAGAAAAUUCAGAGGCAUACCCGAGGACGUGCGGCUGUUCGAAGUCUUCUGGCACCAGAUUGUCGAGCUGGUCAAAGCCCGGCCAGAUUUAGGCCUCAAUGACAUCACCGCUUUGCUCGUUUCGCUCACCAAUCUGUCGCUUUCGUGCUAUCCAGACAGGCUCGAGUACAUUGACCAGAUAUUCGACUAUACCCAACGCAAAGUCUCUGAAUUUGCUGAUAGCCCAGAUCUCCAUCACCCUUUGACGAUCGCCAAUCUCCUGUCGCUCUUGCUCAGCCCAAUCAACUCAUACACAAGCAUUUUGACUAUCCUCGCCCUGCCUUGCUUCAAUGCGCUGCUCGCUAUACAGCCUCACGCGACACGGCGGUCGAUCGCACAUGCUGUCGUUGCUUCUAUUCUCAAGAAUGAGACUUUGCUCGAAACGCCCGAAGACGUCAAGGGCGUACUGGAUCUCUGUCAGGUCCUGAUCAAAGAUCAGCGGGAUGCGCAGAUGCCGAAUGGCGGACGACAGUUCGCUGGCAUGCCUCGCGCACCUCAAUAUGAUCCAGAAGAGAUGGCGGAAGAGCAGGGCUGGCUCGCACGGAUGCUGCAUCUCUUCUAUUCUGACAAUGUAGAGACGCAAUACAAGCUGCUACAGACUGCGCGCAAGGAGCUUUCAGAAGGCGGCGACAGGAUAAGAUGGACGUUUCCACCCCUCAUUGUCGCGUCCAUUAAGCUCGCGCGGCGCUACAAAUAUAAGGAGCACGAACUCGCAGAUUAUUCACACAAGACUGCGACGCUCUUCAAAUUCAUUCAUCAGGUCAUCAACUCGCUGUAUAUCAAGGUCGAGUCUUCGGAGAUCUGUCUCCGAUUAUACCUGCUAGCCUUGCAAGCUGCCGACGAGGCGGAUAACGAGAAUUUGGCCUACGAAUUUGCUGUCCGGAGCUUCGAGAUUUACGAAGAUGGCAUUUCAGACAGCAAAGCGCAGCUUCAAGCGAUCGUCUUGAUCAUUGGCACCUUGCAGCAGAUGCGAGUCUUUGCCACGGACAAUUACGACACGCUCAUCACGAAAGCUGCUCUACAUGGAGCCAAGCUGCUCAAGAAGGGUCACCAAGCCACGGCUGUCGCGCUGGCGAGUCAUCUAUGGUGGCAAACUGACACGCCGCACAAGAAGACGCCUGCCGACAAGCAACUGUUGCAAGAUGGAAAGCGAGUACUCGAAUGCCUACAGAAAGCACUGCGGAUAGCGACGUCGUGCAUCGAUGAGCUCACUACAGUCCAAAUCUACGUCGAUACGCUUGACCAAUAUAUCUACUACUAUGAGAGACAAGUAGAAGCGAUAAGUAUCAAGCACAUCAACAGCCUCAUCGAGCUCAUAACUGCAAACAUCGAUACGCUGCAUGCAACAGACGUUCAUCCGACUUCGCUUGGCUCUGCAUCAGGUCUGGUAGAAGGUAAUGGCAGCCCAGAGGGUAUUGUUAAGCAUUUCAGGAGCACGCUAGUCUAUCUCGCAUCACGGAGAGAUACCGAGGACGACAAACGAUGGCAGGCAGUCGAGCUAGCUGGCCCAAUGCUCAAAUUAGGCCUUUCAUGAGAGACACGACGCAACGUUGUAAGCGCAGAUGCAUUGUAGAAUCCGGUCGCUAGGCCAUGACCCAUCGCGAUC